AACUCUAGGAAACAGGACCGAGAUGUUCCACACACCGUUGUUAGAAAAGCCUAAGGAAAAAAUUGUUAUUUCCGUUAAUUGGACACCGGUAAAAGAAGGCCGAGUGAGAGAGAUCCUGACAUUUCUUGUAAAUGAUAUUCUGAAACAUGAAGUUAUAUUACUAGGAAAUGCAGAAGAGCCAAGGAAGAAAAAGAGGAGUCUUUGGGAUACCAUCAAAAAGAAGAAAGUUUCGUCCUCUUCAAGCCACAAGAAAAGGAUUUCAAACAUUCAGAAUGUUAAUCAAACAUUUAGCGUUCCCCCCAAAGCUGACAGAGUUAGGAGCCCCCUACAAGCUUGUGAAAAUUUGGGUGGGAAUGAAGGCUGUUCCCCAACAGAAAACAAUUCUCUCAUCCUCCAAGAGAAUAAAAUACCCAUUUCCCCAAUUAGCCCCACUUUCAAAGAAUGCCAUGGGGACACGUGCUUGCCACUCUGUGUCCGGCGGUCCACCACCUACACAUCUCUCCAUUCACCCAAGAACGGGGAGCUGUGGACAUUAGAAGGUGCGCACAUGCGCAAAGAGUUUAAUGGGAAAGUCAUAACGGAAACUUCCUUUGACUCCUUGACUGGUAUCAACGGCCAGAUUGAAGAGGAUGGUAAACGUAGUCUUACCCCAAACUGUUCUUCCACUUGGAACAUUACCCAGAGCCAAGGGGAUUUUCUAAGUCCAGAUUCCUUUGUAAAGAACAGCCACAGAGCUAGUCAUAAACUAGAAUCAGUGACCGUUUCACCAGAUACGUUUCUCAAAGAUGAUUCAAGGCCCAGGCAUUUGGAAUCAAACACUAUACAUGAAAUUUAUCGGACAAUUUUAAGUCCCGAUUCCUUCCUUAAGGAUAAUUAUGGACUAAAUCAGAAGCUAGAAUCAGAGUCAGUGAAUCCAUUUGUAUCCCCAAAUCAAUUUGUCAGAGAUAAUAUGCCAUAUUUAUCUCUAUCUCAACCAACUUGUGAAUUAUCACCGCUGUCAAAAGAACAUUCUCAGGCCCCGCCGUCUCCUCCGGGGCAGAGAAAAAACGAAGUUUUGCGGUUUAUUCCUGGAAAUCAGGGUGCGAACUCUCCCAAAGCUAUUUUUGCAGAACCCGAGGCUUCGGAAAUGAUACCAGAUGGUCACAGUUUUACAAAACAGAAGCAGCCUGCAUUCCCCGCAGCUCAAGAUACUGCCGGACAGGCCCACGGUGCACAGCCCCGGAGACGCCCCAUACUCUCGGCCACCGUUACCAAACCGAAGCCCGCGGGCCCCAGAGAGCGCAGCAGGGAGGAGCCCAGCGAGCCCAAGGCCAGGCGAUGCCUUCGCAGCGCGGUGGGCGACUGCGGAAACGCAGCAGAGGACCAGGAGGAGGAGGAUGCUCUUCAUCCUUACCUCCCGGUUAUAGAUCCCGCGGGGGGCAACCCUAAGGGGUGCAGGAGAGCAGCUCCCUCCUGCAAGGCUGCCUUCCCGGCGCGGAAGAGGAAGAGUGGAGGAGGCGGGGAGGACGCAGCUGGGGCGAGCGCGGGUACAGGACAUGCAGGAGAACGAGAAAGCAAAAGGAUCCACUUUUCUCCCGUGGAGUCUCGAACCUCCACUGUGAAGAAAACAAACAUGCCGGGGACGCCUGCCUCCCAGUGUCGGAGCAGCCGAGGGAGGCCGCACCCGAAGAAGAAGGCCGAUUCUUUAGCAUUCAAAACUCCUAACUCUAAAACACACAAACGGACCCCACGCAUGGUUCCUGUGGCCCAGGCUAGUUUGACCUUCAUAAAACGCUUGAAAACAGACAUCCCUAGGCACCCGAUGCCAUUCGCCGCGAAGAACAUGUUCUAUGACGAGCGCUGGAAGGAGAAGCAGCAGCAGGGCCUCACGUGGUGGCUGAACUUCAUCCUGACGCCCGACGACUUCGCCGUUAAGACACACGUCUCGGAAGUGAAUGCCGCCUCUCUCCUCCUGGGCGGGGAGAGCCACCACAAGCUGAGCGUGCCCAGAGCCCCCACCAAGGAGGAGGUGUCGCUCCGGGCUUACACGGCCCGGCGCCGGCUGAACCACUUGCGUCACGCAGCCUGUCGCCUGUUUACUUCCGAGAGCAUGGUGAAGGCCAUUAAGAAGCUCGAGGUGGAAAUCGCAGCCCGGCGGUUAGCUGUCCGGAGAGACAGGCACCUCUGGAAGGACGUGGGAGAGCGGCAGAAAGUCCUCAGCUGGCUGCUGUCCUACAACCCCCUGUGGCUGCGCAUUGGUCUGGAGACAGUGUUUGGGGAGCUCAUCGCGUUGGAAGACAACAGUGACGUCACUGGCUUGGCUGUGUUCAUUCUGCACCGCCUGCUGUGGAACCCGGACAUCGCCGCUGAGUACCGGCACCCCUCCGUCCCCCAUCUGUACCGAGACGGCCACGAGGAAGCCCUGUCUGCCUUCACCCUGAAGAAGCUGCUGCUGCUGGUUUGCUUCCUGGAUCGCGCGAAGCUCUCGCGGCUCAUCGACCACGACCCCUGUCUCUUCUGCAAGGACGCGGAGUUCAAGGCUAGCAGAGAUGUCCUGCUGGCGUUCUCGCGAGGCUUCCUCAGCGGGGAAGGCGACCUGUCGCGCCACCUGAGCUGGCUGGGGUUGCCCGUCAGCCACGUCCAGACGCCCCUGGACGAGUUUGACUUUGCCGUCACGAACCUUGCUGUGGACUUGCAGUGCGGGGUGCGCCUCGUGCGAACCAUGGAGCUGCUCACACGGAACUGGGACCUCUCGAAGCAGCUCCGCAUCCCUGCCAUCAGCCGUCUCCAGAAGAUGCACAAUGUUGACCUUGCUCUGCAGGCCCUGCAGUCCCGCGGGAUCUCGUUACAGGACGAGCAGGGAGGCGCGAUCCUGGCCAAGGACAUUGUGGACAGGCACCGGGAGAAAACCCUCGCGCUGCUGUGGAAAAUAGCUCUGGCGUUCCAGGUGGACAUUUCUCUUAAUUUAGAUGAGUUAAAAGAAGAAAUCGACUUCUUGAAGCGCACGUGGAGGGUGAAGAGAAGCACGCCUGCGCGCUCCCGCCCUGCGGACGCUGUUCUCAGUGAGAAGACGGACACGAGGCCGAGCGACUCCUCGGAGCAGCGUCCCGAAAGCAUCAGGCUGUUGAUGGAGUGGGUGCAGGCCGUCUGUGCCUUCUACAGCGUCAAGGUGGAGAACUUCACGGUGUCCUUCUCGGAUGGCCGCGUGCUGUGCUACCUGAUCCACCACUAUCACCCCCGCUGUGUGCCGCUGGACGCCAUUCGCCAGCGGACCUCGCAGACCGUGGAGUGCGCGCAGUCGGGCUCCGUGGUCCUCAAUUCCUCUUCCGAGUCGGAUGAGAGCUGCCUGGACCUGUCCCUGAAAGCCCUCGAGCUGGGGAAAGCCCCCGAGCUGCACCGGGAGCUCCUGGAAAACGAGAGGAGGAACUUCCAGCUGGUGAGCUCUGCGGCCAGGGACCUCGGCGGGAUCCCUGCUAUGGUGCAGCACGCGGACAUGUCAAACACGAUUCCGGACGAGAAGGUGGUCGUCACCUACCUGUCGUUCCUUUGCGCGCGGCUGCUGGACCUCCGCAGGGAAACUCGGGCUGCGCGGCGCAUCCAGGCGGCGUGGAGAGAGUACAAGCUGAGGGCAGACCUGCGGCGCCAUCAGGAGAGAGACCAGGCUGCAAGAAUCAUCCAGGCGGCUGUGCUGGGCUUCCUCACCAGACGGCGGCUGCGGAAGGAGGCUCAGGCCGCGCUGGCCGUUCAGAGGCGCUGGCGAAGACUCUGCCGGCGGAGGGCGGUCCUGAGGGCGCAGCAGGAGCAGCUGGAGAAGGCGCAGAGCCAGGCGGCAUCGGUGAUUCAGAGAAAUUGGAGAAGGUAUUCCGCUAGGAAGCAGUUUCUGAGAUUGAGACAUUAUUCCGUCGUCCUGCAGUCUCGGAGAAGAAUGGUGGCUGCCGUCGCUUCUUACAAACGCCACCUGUGGGCCGCAGUGACCAUCCAGAGGCACUGGCGAGCGUGUGUGAGGCGGAAACAGGACCAGCAGAGCUACCGGGCGCUCCGAGCCUCGUGCCUGGUCAUCCAGGCUGCCUUCCGGAGGUGGCGGCGCCGGGAGCACGAUUUCGGGGCUUUCGAGCCCGAAAGCUGUUUCAGAGGAAGCAGGGCCGCGAGAGCCCGGGGUCAGCGCAGACAGACUCAGGCGGCCUGCGUGCUCCAGGCGUAUUGGCGAAUGAGACGAGAGAGAGCUCGGUUUCUAAGCCUCAGGCAAACGGUCAUCAGAUUGCAGGCGCUCGUAAGAAAACAUCAUCAGCUGCAGAAAUACAGGAAGAUGAAGAGCGCCGCCCUCGUGAUUCAGGUCCAUUUUCGCGCUUACGUUGCAGCCAGGAGGGCCCGAGCGUCCUACCAGGAGACGCGCGCUGCGGUGCUGGUGCUGCAGGCUGCGUGCCGGGGGAUGCGGGCCCGCAGGAGGUUCCGUCUCGCCCGCACAUCCGUGGUGAAGAUCCAGUCCCACUGCCGCGCGUGCAUCGCCAGAAGGAGGUUUCUGAGCCUAAAACACGCCGCAGUUCAGCUGCAGUCCAUCGUGAGGAUGAGACAAGCCCGUGCACGGUACUUACGGUUAAGAGCGGCCGCCCUGUUCACCCAGCGGAGGUUCCGGGCCCUGAAGACGGCCGCGCGGAGGAGGGAGGAGUACCGGCGGGUGCGGGCAGCCUGCAUCCGGCUGCAGGCCUUCGCCAGGGGGCACCUGGUCCGCAGGCAGCUGCGGCUGCAGAGUUCCGCUGCUGUCACCCUGCAGUCCUGCUUCCGCAUGAGAGAGGCGCGGCGGCGCUUCCUGCGGGUGCGCAGCGCGGCCCUGGUCAUCCAGAGGGCCUACCGCGCGCGCCAAGCACGGCUCCGCCGCAGGAAGCGCUGGCAAGUGCUCAGGGCAGUGACCCGCCUGCAGGCAGCUUACAGAGGCUACCGAGCUCGCCAGCUCCUCCGGCGCCGGGAGGCCGCGCGUCUGAUCCAGGCCCGCUAUCGGGCCCACCGCCUUGGGAGGGAGCAGCGGCUCUGGUAUCUGAAGACCAAGGCGGCCGUGGUGACUCUACAGGCCCGGGUCCGAGGUUGGCUGGUGAGGAGAAGGCUUUUAGAGCAGCCAGCCACAGUCAGGCUCCUCCACUUCUCGGCCACCGCCCGCUGCCACCUGGCUGCCGUGCGAAUCCAGAGAGCGUAUCGGCGCCACGCGGCCGUGAGGAGCGCGGAAAGGCACCUCGAUUCCGUCAUCUGCAUCCAGAGAUGGUUUCGGGCGAGGCUGCGGCUGAGGAGGUUCAUGCAGAUCUGUCACAGCGUCAUCGACCUCCAGCACGAAGUUCAGGAGCGGCGGCAGCACAGGGCGGCCUCCGUGAUCCAGGCGGCCGCGCGCCGCUUCCUCCUCCGCAGGAAGCAGGAGCGGCUCCGUCACGGAGUCGUGAAGAUCCAGGCACUGUGGAGGGGCUACGCUCUGAGGAAGAAGAAUAAUUGUACAAAAAUUAAAGCCAUUCGCAGAAGUCUUCACGCUCUGAGUGGGGAGGUUCGAGAAGAAGACAAACUGUACAAGAGAACCGCCCUGGCCCUGUUCCACCUGUUGACAUACAAGCACCUGUCGGCUGUCCUUGAGGCCCUGAAGCACCUGGAGGUCGUCACGAGGCUGUCCCCGCUGUGCUGUGAGAACAUGGCCCAGAGCGGGGCGAUUCUCAAAAUAUUCCUCCUGAUCCGAAGCUGUAACCGCAGCGUCCCUUGUAUGGAAGUCGUCAGCUACGCGGUGCAAGUCCUGCUGCACGUCGCCAAGUACGAGAAAACGACGGACGCGGUGGGCGCCGUGGACGGCUGCGUGGACACGCUGCUGGACCUGCUGCGGAUGUACCGGGAGAAGCCGGGCGACAAGAUCGCAGACAAGAGCGGGAGCAUUUUCACCAAAACCUGCUGCUUGUUGGCUGUUCUGUUGAAGGCGCCGAGCCGAGCCUCGGAUGUUCAAAGCAGGUCCAAGGUGGCCGACUGCGUGUACAGUAUCUACAAGCUCACAGCUCAUAAGCAUAGAGUGGACGCCGAGCGAAUACUUCACAAGCAGAGUCAGAACUGCUCCGUGAGCCUUCCCCGCCUCCCCGAAACCCCCGCCCGGGCCCGGAUGGUGGCACGGCUCCAGCCAGGCUGGGUCUUGAGGAGGGACAACGUGCAGGAAAUCACGGCCCCCCUGCAAGCUGUGCAGCUGGUGAUGGACACGCUUGGCGUUCCUUACCCGUGACGGGGGCAGCUCCGCGUGUGCAGGGAGAGGACAUUGUAAAGCGAAUCAUGGCUGUGGAAAGUGCUUGGAUUUUUUUCUAGAACGAAGAUCAGAUUGUGUAUUAAAAUGUAAGAAAUAUGUAUAUCAAUAAAGUUUCUACCUUUGUCAUUGUUUCUUUUA